UAAAACUUUUUGAUAAACCUGGUUUGGCUCAAUCCUUUUUUGAAUUUUAUGAUCAGCCCGGAAUUAAGCCUGAGGACAAGCCAAUAACUAAGGCCAAAUGUAAGAUCGAAGGUUGUCAAACUCAAUAUGUAUGGCAUGAAACCACUUUAUCAAAACCUUAUUCAGUAUCAAGGCAACAGAAGCUUACACGAGACCUCGAACGGCCAAUUAAAUGGCUAACCAAUGACCUUGAAAAUUCAAACAACAAUGAUCAUCGUCGUGAUGGUGUUAAUAUUCGUGACAAGUUAUUAUCAAAUGAAGAAUUCAAUGUU